GCAAAAUAUAUCCACCCCCCUAAAUUUUUAAAUCUUCUCUCUCUCUCUCUCUCUCUCUCUCUCUCUCUCUCUCUCUCUCUCUCUCUCUCUAACUUUGCCGCAUUUCCUUCACAUAAAGUCCAAUUUCGCCAAGCAGAAGGAGAGACGAUUUCUCGGCCGUUUCCAAACUGCGAUUUCGCCGGAAUCUCUCUUCGAUCUCUCCGUUCUCGGAGGGAUGGGGAAUAGAGUGGAUCACGAGUUUGAUUACUUGUUUAAGAUCGUGUUGAUCGGAGACUCUGGAGUCGGGAAAUCCAACAUUCUCUCCAGGUUUACCAGGAACGAGUUCUGCUUGGAGUCCAAGUCCACUAUUGGGGUCGAAUUCGCCACUCGGACUCUUCAGGUGGAAGGGAAAACAGUGAAGGCUCAAAUAUGGGAUACUGCAGGCCAAGAAAGGUAUCGAGCCAUCACGAGUGCGUACUACAGAGGAGCCGUAGGAGCUCUCCUUGUUUAUGACAUAACGAAGAAGCAAACCUUUGAUAACGUCCAAAGGUGGCUCCGAGAGCUAAGAGACCAUGCAGACUCUAACAUAGUCAUCAUGAUGGCCGGCAACAAGUCAGACCUCAACCACCUACGAGCAGUGUCAGAGGAGGAUGGUCAAGCCUUGUCUGAAAAGGAGGGGCUCUCAUUUCUCGAGACAUCAGCUCUGGAAGCAUAUAAUGUAGAAAAGGCUUUUCAGACUAUCUUGUUAGAGACCUAUCAUAUAAUCAGCAAGAAGGCAUUGGCUGCAGAGGAAGCAGCCAAAGCUGUUGCACUUCCUGGUCAGGGUACCGCCAUCAAUGUUAGCGAUCCCUCUGAAAAUGCGAAGAGAGGCUGCUGCUCUACCUGAGUGUUUUGAAUCAAUGGAUGAAUGAUUGUUUGGGUUUGGGCAGAUCCUCAGUCCUCCCCUUUUCUUCUCAUGGGACAAGAAAGGUUAGUUUGUAGAGUACUUUCCUACUAACUUGUUGCAAAAUAGAGCUGGUGGAUGUUUAUUGUGUAGGUGGUUAGAACAGGAUGAUCUUCUCCCAUGUACGUUUUCAUUUCACCUAACUUCUUUUUUGUACUCGGUAAUAUAUAAAUGACCAAUUG